AGUAGGCUAUCAGUUCGCUCCCUAGCAUGGCACUGCAUCACGUAUUUGAAGUACCUGGAUCAGGUUUUAACUUUGAAAAUUCUGCGAGAAAUGCUGGACUGGAGAGUUUACUUGGAGACGGGAAGGUCAACACUCCGAAACCUCUUAAAACGGGCACUACCAUAGCUGGAGUUGUUUAUAAGAAUGGCGUUGUCCUCGGAGCAGACACCAGAGCCACAUCAAGUGAGGUGGUCGCUGACAAGAUGUGCGCAAAGAUCCAUUACAUCGCUCCAAAUAUAUAUUGUUGUGGUGCAGGGACAGCAGCGGACACAGAGAAGACCACCGAGCUGCUCUCGUCCAACCUCACCAUCUUCUCCAUGAACAGUGGCAGGAACCCCCGCCUCUCCAUGGCUGUCAACAUUUUACAGGACAUGCUCUUCAGGUACAGGGGUCAAAUUGGGGCCCAUCUGAUCCUGGGAGGGGUAGACUGCACUGGCAACCAUCUCUACCGUGUUGGACCCUUUGGAAGUAUGGACAAAGCACCUUAUUUUGCCAUGGGGUCUGGAGACCUGGCUGCUAUGGGGAUACUGGAGGACAGGUUCAAACCCAAUAUGGAGAUUGAGGAUGCCAAGACUUUGGUGCGUGAUGCCAUCCAUGCCGGCAUAAUGAGUGACCUCGGCUCUGGCAACAAUAUAGACAUCUGUGUCAUCACCCGAGACGGAGUGGACUACAUAAGACCCUACCAAGAAUCUGAAUUUAAAGAGAAGAGGCAAAGGAAAUACAAGUACAGACCAGGCACAACUCCUGUGCUGGCAGAGAAGGUGAUUCAUCUGGAGGUAGAGCUGGUGGAGGAGACUGUACAGAAGAUGGAAAUGGCUUAAAUGGCUGUCAGAAACAUACAGCACUUUGUCAUCUUCGAUGUUGAAAUUAAGCAUAAAGGACCGUGCAUAUUACACAUUAACCGUUAAAAAUAAUAAUAAUAAUAAUAAUAAUAACCCACCAACGAGUUUGUGGGUGUCUUGUGAAAUGCCGGGUCUGUAAGUAAUUAAGGUUAAGCUUAUCCCAUUGUUAUGAUUUUGAAGAUUUAUUCAUAUAACUCAUGUAAUGAUGCAACACAGCAAAAUGUAUUUUUUGUACUUUGAAAUUAGUUCGAUUAGUUGAACUACUAUGGAUGCUUUUAUAUUGAGAAAAGACCAACCAUUAAACAUAUCUGGGAGACUGGACUGCUUCAGUUACUUCAAGUAUCAAACUAUUUCCACAAUGGAUGUUUAAAACUGCCAGCUGAC